UUAACCACGUUGUUGUCGGGGUUUUUUUCUACAUGACAUCUUACCGUGAAUUUCUCAAAAAGAUUCGCCCUUAUUUAGCUAUCAGGUUGCUGAACAAUGACCAACCCUUUCUAAUGAAAGUUGUGUUUAGUAUCUUUGGUUUUAUUUUGCAUUUACAUUACUAGGUAAUGUGGUAAAACUGUAGCUGUCUGUUUAGCGAGUGUAUGUGGAUGAGUUUACACGUAGGCCGUCCUACACCCCGGCGGAGGAAGAGCACUCAGGCUGCCUGUCCCCAGGCGAUAAGUACUUCUUACGUGUAGCCUAUAAGUGCUGUUCAUAUGGUGCUUUGAACUUUUCUGCGAAGACUGAUUUUUUUAUUCUUUAUAUUUUUACAUCAUGACUACUGAAGACACUUUUCCCGAUCUCAAGACGUUAUCUGCGGCGUGUCCCGGGCACAGGUUUCGGUCUCAGAGCGAUGUCUCCGGUUUCAGAUUAAGGAUUCUGACCAGAUUACGCUCUGCCUGCUCAGUGGAGGGACUGGAGAAAGCUUCUCUAGCCAACUGUGAUGUAGUGGUUGGAGGCUCGCAGGCGUCCCAGCUGAAAGGGAAGGGGAAGCUAUCCUCCCUUGGCAAAAUCUUCAAACCCUGGAAGUGGCGUAAAAAAAGAACCAGUGAUAAGUUCCAGGACCUCUCCAAAGUCUUAGAGCGGAAAAUUUCCACGAGGCAAACCCGCGAAGAGCUCAUCAAGAAGGGGGUUCUUAUUCCAGAUCAAGAGGACCAAGUGAGCACAGAGACUUUGAAUGGACAUGCCGUAUCCAGCGGAGUUACUGAAGAGGUCAGAGUUGACAUCGAGACGGCAGACACCCCCACGGAGGAGAAGGCCAACCUGCGGACAGAUGCUGGUGAUGCAGAAGAGAAGAGAAAAAACGUUCCCAGCCCACAGGGUGGCGAGUCUGGAGCUCAGAGGACCCCUGCACAAAAACAGCUGACUGCAUCCACCAAGUCCCCGAGCGGAGGUACGGGCGGGGUUGCAGGCACGGGCCCCGGGGGCAGGAAGGAAGGCAAGGCAGGUGGUAAAAAGUUGCCAAAGGGCACCAGUAAGCAGGCCUCCGCACCUCCGUCCAAACAAAACACUCGAAACGCAGCCCGUGGGACUGCCAAAUCCUCCAAUCCGAAGAAAACUGCUGGCACAUCAAAGAGUUCAUCCCAUGCCCCUGGACAGGCCUCAGCAAACUGUAUGAAGGACCCCAAAGACAACAUGUCAGAGUUGACUCCGGAUGGCAACAGGCCUGCAAAGAAGACCAGCCGCUCGAGGUCCCCUCAGCCUUUGGCAAAAGUUCCACCUGAGACACAGAGCCCGGUGGUGGCAUGCACUUCCACAAAGGACCAAAGGAAUGGGGCUCCAGCCUGUAGGGCAGAUGAGAAGCCAGCUAAGGAGACGUCUCAGGUUCACAAAGAUCCCGGAAAGGAGUCCAAGUCUUGUGAGGAGCUGGACAGGAGUCAGCCCCCUGUAAACGGGGAAAUGGAGGAGACGUCCUUCACGACAGCCUCCAGCAAAAGUUCCUCAGACAGCCCGGGAGAACUUCGGAGUACAGAGGAGGAGACUGAGGAGAAGAAGAGUGUAGCAAACCGUGACAGACGGGCUGAAGGAAGCACAGACCUGACAAUCAUUCCCGAUGCCAUCAAAGAUGCACAGGCCAAUGAUUCCGACUCAGAUGGGCCUAUACUCUACAGAGACGAGGAAGAGGAGGAUGAAGAGGAUGAGUAUACCUCCAGUUCCCUUGCCAAUAAAAUCCGCCGCAGAGACACACUUGCUAUCAAACUUGGCAACAGGCCCAGCAAGAAGGAGCUGGAGGAGAAGAACAUUCUUCCUCGGACGUCGGAGACGGAGCGACAGGAACUGCGGCAGCAGAUCGGAUGCAAGCUGGUGAGACGGCUGAGUCAGAGGCCCACCACCGAAGAGCUGGAGCAGAGAAACAUUCUGAAACAGAAGAAUGAGGAGGAGGAGCACGAGGCCAAGCAAGAAAUUAAAAGGCGGCUUUCUAGAAAGCUGAGCGUGCGGCCAACGGUCGCCGAGCUGGUGGCACGACGGAUCCUCCGAUUCAACGAGUACGUGGAGGUGACGGAGGCAAAAGACUACGACCGUCGGGCCGACAAACCCUGGACCAGACUCACCCCUGCUGACAAAGCUGCUAUACGAAAGGAGCUUAAUGAGUUCAAAAGCAAAGAGAUGGAAGUUCAUGAAGAAAGUAAACAAUUUACCAGGUUUCAUUUGUGCCCUGGCAGGUUCCACCGCCCCUGAGGCCGUCUCCAUCCCUGGAACGCCACUCGCGCUAGCCUCUCUCUUCCUGUCACUCCGUUACGUCGGCGGCUGUUGGACCGGUGGUGGGUCCGCGUGCGGUGCACCGGCCGUGUCCACACUGGAGCACUGCUGCAGGGCCAGUACGCACUGCAGAGACACACAGAGAGAGGCCUCUGGACUUGAACAAAUGUGAAUACAGACAGGUGCCUUGGUCUGUCCUUUGGUGUUUUUUUGCCCUGUUUUUGUCAUGUUUGCACACACUAAGGAUAAAACCUGAAGGUUUUGUUCUGGUUGUAAUCUACCGUGGCUGUCCAGGACGUUUCACAGCAGUCCUUGGCAUACACAAUAAGGGAUGUACAGCGACUUCUGACACUCCACAGUAGUGUAUCUAAAUUUGCUGAGGCUGUGUGUUUUCUAUGACUGAGUUUUUAAAGCAGUAUUACAGUGUCGACUCCCAUAGUAUCUCACAAUAUCCAUGCAUGUGAAAAGAUAUUUUAAAAAUCAUUCUCACCUGAUUCUUACCUUUACGUUAAAAAGAAGCUGAAGAGGACCUCCAGAAAACUGAGGUGCUGGACGUUUAACCCCUGAACACAGUUUCUCAGCAUUAUUAUUCUGUUCCCAGACUUAUUCGAGAGAAUCCUUAAACUGAAUUUGUUUUGUGCUUUGACAGUUUUUUUCUGUUACAUCCCACAAGCAGUCAUAGAGUAUCUGGUUACGUUGUGAAAUAUCCAGCCAUUCUUCUGGAAAGGACCGGUUGCUGUCAAUGUUUUAACCCUUUUGUUUUCUCUGAUCAUGUUUAUCACCUAUUUAUAGUCGUAUAGUUACAGACUUCAUUGCUUUGACCGUUAGGUGGACUGGACUGACAAUAAUAACUGUAAUGAGAGUGCCGGGAUGGAACUCCCAGACAGUAGCUUUAAAGACAAAACUGGAGAUUGAUAAACACAAUCAGUGUAUUGUUUUUUUUUUUUUUUUAUGAACAGAAAUUGUCAGAUAUACUACAUGCUGGGUUUAAACAUAUGCAGUCAUAUUUUCUUUUUCAUGUUUUUAUUUGUUGCAUGUUGUCUGAAGAAAUGAAACUUCAUCUUUUUAGCUGUGCUCUGGGCCACCUUUUUACCAGUCCGGUAAAAAUAUAUAUUUUUAACAUAAACUGCCAAUGUAAAAAUUGUUUUAUGUUGCAUUGUAAAGUGCUGUGGGAUCAAACUUAUAGCUGAUUUAAUAUGAUGUUUCCACACAUGUACUUGUGUCAAAUGCUGAAAGUAUUUUGUCAUUGCAAACAGGUAUUCUAGAAAAUGUAUAAAUUAUUUUUAAUCAGUUGUUGUACAAAAUAUGCAUAUUAUACAUGUGAAUAUAUCUAGUAUGCUGCCAACCAGACUGUAGUUUGACGUAUUAAAUCAAGGAUACACAAUUCCAGACAUGGAGGGUCCGAGUCCAGCACAGUGAAGUGACUUCCCUGCUCUGAUGAACUGUUGAAGCUGAUAAUUAUUGAAUGAGCUGAAUCAUAUUUGAGUAGGGGAAUCACUUGAAGUAGAUUUGGAUUCGUGAUUUGAAUAUAGGUCACUAGAUAUAAGAACAUUUUAGAAUAUUUAUUUUUAGAAUAGUUUAUCUAUGUUCAGAAUAUGUACAAAGAAGCAAAGUACAGAACAAGAUCAUACAAUUUUGAUUUGACAUGAGCUUGAUCUAAAAAUGUUUCUUAAGAUAAUCUAUGUCAAUGUUCAUAACCUAAAACAAAUGAAGAGAUUUCAACCUUAGUAGAAGCUGUUUUACAUGAACAAACAUCCAGUUUAUCUUCCUUCACUUGCAUGUAUUCCAAAGCUACACUGUAUUCCAAAGCAAUCACAGUGUACUGUUUUGAGUGGUAGUGAUCAGGAUGAUCAUUUGAAAUUAACAGUGAUUUUGUUGUGGUAUGACAGUGCAACAGUGAUUUGUCCGAGAUUUCAUUGGUGUCCCGAAUGAAAAGAUGACCACACAAAUACUUUUAAUGGAUUAAAUACACUAUAUACUCUCUGAUCAGAUGCUUAGUUGUGUACAAAAAAAGUACAAGAUGUGUAUUAUAGAGCAGUUUAAUAGAUCAAACAUGACAUAAAUACAAGCAGUGACUAAAGCUUUUAUUUUGUUCAAUGUAGGACAGUCCUGCUUUACAGUACAUUCGUGUGUGCUGUCGACAGCCAAUAUAUCUGUUGCAUUUAUUAAAUACGGAAAUGAGAAUCUCCCACAGCUAUUACGGUAUUGCCCUGUGCCUCUGCAUCUUUGCAGAUGUGACUCACCCCUCAGGAAAACAUUUUUUAAAUCACCUUAACUGAGUUCCUAAUGAAUAAAAUGUAUUUAAAUAUU